CGCUUUAUGCGGCUCUCUCUCUCUCUCUCUCUAUGUGCUUUCCAUUUCUGUUAUGAUAUCGUUUUGCUGUCGUCUUGUGGCACUCUCAAAGCUUUGAAGCUCGAUUGUUCUGACUUUUGCUUGCCUGUGGAAAGUACAAGUCUCUGUCUGUCUGUGAAUGAGUUGGCCUUUGAAUGGCAAGCGAGAUAUUUCGGGGUUGUACAUUCUCCAAGGUUUCCAGGAACAAAUGGAAUUUUCUGUGCAGAUGAAUUCAUAGUACGGGAAAUGAGUUUAUUGAGCCGCUAUGAGGAUCCCUUUUGCUUUUUUUUUUUUUUGGCCCCCGGAACCCCACUACUCAAUUGCCCAAUUAUGAAUUCCCAUUUUUUGUCCUUUGCUAGCUAGCUAGUCCUGUGUGAAUGAAAAUAAAAGCACGUAGAGCUUACUUUUAAGCUCAUUAUACAUAAUUUUUCUGGUUUCUUUAAUCAAUGCAAGGACUCCCAUUGCAUGUUUCUAAUCCCAUCACUCAAAUUCAAUUGCCCACUUCUGGAUUCCCUUUGUUCUUUUUUCGGGUAGCGUAGCAGGUGGACUUUGAAAAUUGAUAACUGAAGUUUCAGGGCUUACCUUUAUUUUCAUCGCUCUUUGUUUUUUUCCCUGGUUGACAGAUUGCAGAUUAGGUUUCCUUUUGUUAUUUAUGUAUUCGGCACUAACUUUAAUUGGUCUUUAUAAUGCUCUGUUCGUUCAAAGUGGAAAGUUUGAAGAUACAUGAAAAUGAAUGAGUUACAACUUCAUGAUUGGCAUGUCCUUUAUUUCCAUGGCUUGGCUGCUUUUACUUUGAGAUUUGCUACCUCGUUUGUUUGACAUUGAGUUCAUUAUAUCAAUAUAUAUGUGUAGCAUAUGGUAGUGUGGUGGAUUUGUUUCACCAAAAAAUGUUACAGAAGUCAUCAUUGAAGAUUCCAUAGUGGCAAAAGCUGUUACCUUCCUGCUUCCUCUCUCUUCUUAUGCAGGACAAAGGGGAUCAAAAUAAAAUCAUGGAUUAAUUUUUGAUAAUUCUUACGUAACUUUAUAAUGAUUAUUCUCUUAGACCUUAUUUGGUGAUUUUGAGGUAAUUAUGGCUGAAUGUACAGGGCUAGCUUUCAUGAGAUUGUUUGCUUGUCAGUAUUGAUUACCUGUAAAACAGGGUACAAUUUAUAUAGUUGAAUAUAAGUAUUAUUCCAAGGAUUUCCCCUUUUCUGAUAAAGUACACAUUCCUACCUAGUGGAUUGUUGGUCAUCCACUGGAAUAAUUGAUAACUGUAAUUGCUUCAGCUAUGUACAUUUUUGUGUUGCAUUGCCUUUUCAUCUUUCCAGAAUGAAUAGCAUCGCAUUACAGUAGAAAUGAGCCUUUUGUGUCUUAAUUUUUUAAUACAACUCUUCACUAUUAGAUUCCAAUUAUAAUGGCAACAAAACCUUUCAUUUGAAAAUCGAUUAUCUAUUAAUGAUCUCUGUACGAUUUCUAUUGCUUUAUCUCUUAUAUGGACCUAUGGUUUCUGUGCUUACCUAAUAUUUUGUGGUUAAAACUUCUUCUUUGCUAGUAAGGCAUAUAUUGUAUUUUAUUUAUAAAUUUCUGACUACAGUUUGUCAGUGCUUCCUUAGCAGAAGUAAUUCAGAUCUCUCAUGGAUAACCAAGAUUACUUGGAAUCCAAUACCGAAGAUUUUCCUUCUAUUAACAGUCAAGAGAAGAAACAUUUGCCAUCCGAUCAGCUUCCUGAAACUUCCCAUAAGAGGGCAUCAUGGCAAACUACACAUGACAGUUUUAACCCUGAGCUGAAGAAAGACUUGACCAUUGAAGAUGCUGUGAAGGAGCUUGUUCUUCCAUUUGUUCCUGCAAAAUCACUCUGCAGGUUCAAAUCUGUUUGCUGGAAGUGGAACCAAUGGAUAAAUAAUCCUUUCUUUGCUCUCCGGCAGAGUAACUGCUUCCAGAAAACAUGUGGUUUCUUUUAUCAGUGCCCAGGCACUUAUCCUGUCUUCGUCUCUUUGGACUCAAGUGCUUAUGGUGUUGCUUGCCCCUCUCUCAAUUUCCUGCCUGAAUAUGUUACUGUAAGGGCUACAUGCAAUGGUUUGAUUUGCUGCCAAGGUACUUCGGGGAACAAUGAUUACUACAUCUGCAACCCUACUAACAAGCAAUGGCUGGUGCUUCCUGAGCCAAAUCUAUACCAUGGACCCGAAUCAGCUUUGGUGCUUGUCUAUGAAUCAUCACUCCUAAACUUUACAGCAGAUUAUGAGCUCGUUUGUGCCAUUCCUAUGAUCAAUGAACCUGUCGUUCGCUUUGAGAUUUUCUCAUCGAGGUCCAGGACUUGGAGGGUUGUGGACACAGUAUGCUCUGACCUGAUUGGCACAAAAUUUUGUGGAGAUGGAUUUUACAUGAAGGGAUAUGUCUACUGGGAGACUUACUGUGGUGAAGUUCUGGCCUUGGAUCUCAGGUAUGAAAUGUAUAGCAUUUGCUCCCUUCCUGCUAACAGAGGGCCAGAAGGUGUUUUAACGGAAUCUAAUGGGGAAUUAUGCUAUAUUAUACCUUAUAAGCUAGACAAUGACGAAUGCUUGCUUGAAGUAUAUGGGGGUAUGGAAAGUUGGUGAAGCAAGAAGAUGAUGAAGAGGAGGAAUGUUUCCUUGCCUUGCCCUGUUUGAGUGGAGGCAAAUUCGCAGUUCUUAUUGGGUGGAAUCUGGUGGUCUAUGAUGUAAAAGAAGACAUGGCCGAGUCUUUGGACAUAGGAAGCAUUUAUGCGGGAGGAAAAUUUCUGCCUUAUGUGAACAACCUGGUACCUGUGCGCCAUCACCAGAUGUUCAGCGAGAUCAGAGAGGUCUCGGCUCAGCCCUGAUGAAACCAAGCUGGCUUUAUUGGAUUCUAGUUUUCACCUUCUAGUUCUGGCAACCCCGGGACAAGUUCUUGAAGGUUUUCUUCAAUGACUUGUCCAACAGUCAAGACAGCCCUUUUUUCUUGUCUUUUCUUGCUCGUUUCUCAGGUACUCUUCAAGUUGUUCUUGGUUUUUUAUUUUAUUUUUUUCCUUCUCAGAAUCUCUCUUAAAGUUGUUUAAUGCAGUGGUUCUAAACAAUGUUUGAUGUC